AUGCCCACGACAAUCGCCUGUCAUACUCUAGUCUGCUCUACCACUUGGCCCUCUCGCCGGCUGACAGUUGUCGCUCGCGCUUCAAACGCAGCCAGCUACAGUUACCAUGAGAGUCGACACUGUUCUGCUGCUAGCUGCAGCCCUCGUCGCUUCACCCGCGUCCGCUAUUGCGAGAAAUGCAUCUUCCCCGACCGCUUUCUCAAUCUCUGCUUCAAUAUCAUUAUUCUCCACAAGCUCUUCAUCAAUAUCCUCGUCAACAUCCUCGUCGAUGUCUUUCGCAACAUUUUUCACAACCUCUUCUACAACGCCCUCUACAACGUCCACGUCUCUACCAACAUCCCUAACUACAUCCCUAACAACACGCUUGACCAUCGCAACCUCUCCCAAUGCGCCCAAUCGCCCGCAAAUCUCUUCCUCCGAGCCUUCGUCGCCCUCAGACUUCACUUCGAAACGUAUGACGACGUCGAGACGCAAGUCAACCUCGGAAACGUUUUCCACUCACGAAGCGCCAUCCAUGCCACUUUCAUCUUUAAAUACGACAUCGACCACGGCUUAUGA